UCUACUGUUGAUGUUGACAUGGCACGUUACAAUUGGCUGUAGAUUGUAUUGAAAGAUGAAAAGAAAGAAGAACUUCGAGGCAUAUGCACUUGGUUUUAAAGGAUGAGUUAAUGUCUCGGUUCUAGAAGCAGGCAACCUAUUGUCUGCGCAUGUUUCGUCCUCGUUUCUAGUAGCUAGUUGCUCCUUAUUUUGAUUUCUAUUUCUUCAGCAAUUUAAAAUAUGUAGCCUGAUGCACGUACUUAUUUGUUUAUUGAUUUGUUAGUUUAGUUGUGAUAAAGUAGUAUAAGUAUUUAGUACUUGUUUACUUGGAGCAGCAACCGUAUCGUAUCAAACAUGGCAACAGAAACAGAGAUUUGCAGCAGAAAGCAAAGAUGGUCUCUCAUGGGCAUGACUGCACUUGUCACCGGUGGAACCAGGGGCAUUGGAUAUGCCAUUGUAGAAGAACUAGCAGGAUUUGGAGCAAGGGUGCACACCUGCUCCCGUAACGAGAAGGAUAUAAAUGACAGGGUACAAGAAUGGGAGAGUAAAGGGUUCACAGUAAGCGGCUCAGUUUGUGAUCUCAGUUGUAAAGAUCAAAGAGAGAAGCUGAUUGACACAAUCUCCUCUAUUUUUGAUGGAAAGCUUAAUAUCCUUGUGAACAAUGCAGGAAUAUUGAAGCUAAAAGAUUGUUUAAGCUAUACUCAUGAAGACUACACGAGCGUAAUGAGCACCAAUUUUGAGGCCCCUUAUCAUCUUAGUCAACUAGCACAUCCCCUCUUGAAAGCAUCAGGAAAUGGAAGUAUUGUCUUUAUAUCCUCAGUUGCUGGGGUAGUUGCUUUGCCUAUGAUAUCUGUAUACGCGGCAACAAAAGGAGCAAUCAACCAAUUGACCAAGAACUUGGCUUGUGAAUGGGCAAAAGACAACAUCCGCACUAAUACUGUUGCACCUGGGGGUACCAAAACCACAAUCACGCACCAGCCUGAUCCUCGUGUUUUAAAGGCAUAUGAUGGGCAAUUAGCUCAAAUUCCAAUAAGCCGAAUUGCAGAGCCUGACGAGGUUUCAUCGCUAGUUGCAUUCCUUUGCCUUCCCGCUGCUUCAUACAUCACCGGGCAGAUUAUUUGUGUAGAUGGAGGAUUCACAGCCAAUGGCUUUUUGCCUCUUUCUAAAUAACAUCUUUUCUCUUUCUUUUAAUCCAAUCCCCAUGAACCCAAAAAGAAAGGAAAAGGAAAAGAAGUUCCAAAGUGUUGAGCUCCUGUUACACUCUAUCCUUCACUUUUUAUUCUUGCAUGUUUGCGUGGUUUGUGAAGAAUUUAAAAUCUAGGGAGAAUUUGGCACUUGCAUAUAAUUGUAGGAUGCAAUACAUGUUGCAACACAUUAAAUAUAAGAGGUAAUUACAAUUUGCUCUUGUAUUUUUCCAUAUUAUAUUAAUUAUCCUCUAAUACUUAAAGAAUAUUUUUU